AUGGCUCCCACAUCAGCCCACCAAUACCUUGACAUGGAGAUCAAAGAUGACAUGCAAUAUGAUAUUCGAAUUGAAAACGCUCGUAUAGACAGCGGCGAGUUCCACAGCGCGAGUGAUGAGAAUGAUACUCUCACCACCGACGACGUUGAAGACCUGAUGAUUCGUCAUAACGGCGGCACGCGACAUGUGUGCUCCUCUGGCGAAGAAGAAGGCUUCAAAGGAUUGCAAGGCACCAUCGAUCUCGUCGACGAUGUAAGAGAUGCCAGAAUUUGCACCCUAGCAUGGAAUGCUCCUAUGGAGCCUGGGAAGAGAAACCUGCUCAUGAUGCAUCAUCAUGAUCCGCAAUACAAUGUUGAGAUUGGCAAGUGGAACGAAUCUGGUGUCAUGGGAACUGUUCCAAUUACCAUCAGUAACCAGUAA